AUGUUGUCUAGAACGAUUGCUGCGAAUCAGCUGAAGAACAGCCUGAGGGCGUCGAAGCAGAUUAGAAACCUGUCGAUCCAUGAAUACCGUUCUGCGGAGUUGCUGAGGCAGUACGGCGUGGGCACGCCCGCGGGCGAGGCGGCGUUCGAGCCACAACAGGCUUACGACAUCGCGAAGAAGCUGGGCCACGACGCGCUGGUGGUUAAGGCGCAGGCGCUGACAGGCGGACGUGGCAAGGGACACUUUGACACGGGUCUGAAGAGCGGUGUGCACAUGAUCGAGAGCGCGGAGCAGGCGCGGGAUCUGGCGAAGCAGAUGCUGAAGCACCGCCUGAUCACAAAACAGUCGGGAGCCAAGGGCAAGCCCGUCAGCGCGGUGUAUGUGGUGGAGCGCGUGAACGCGAAGCACGAGGCGUAUCUGUCGAUCCUGAUGGACAGACAAAGCAAGAAGGCGAUGAUCAUCUGCUCGAGCGAGGGAGGGAUGAACAUCGAGGAGGUUGCCGCGAAGAACCCAGACGCGAUCAAGAAGUUCACGGUGACCGAAUCGGAGGGCCUAACCGCGGAGACCGCUAAGCAGAUCUCGAAGAGCCUGGGGUUCUCGGCGGAGGCCGAGGCGGACGCCGCGGACGCGGUGACGAAGCUGUACAAGAUCUUCAAGGAGAAGGACGCGUCGCAGAUCGAGAUCAACCCGCUGAGCGAGGUUGAGGGCCAGGACACCAAGGUGAUGUGCAUGGACGCCAAAUUCGGGUUCGACGACAACGCGUCGUUCAGACAAGAGGAGGUGUAUUCGUGGAGGGACCUGUCGCAGGAGGACGCGGACGAGGUGGUGGCCAAGAAGUCGGACCUGAACUUCGUGAAGCUGCAGGGCAACAUCGGAUGCCUGGUGAACGGAGCGGGGCUGGCGAUGGCGACGAUGGACGUGAUCAAGCUGUACGGCGGAGACCCUGCGAACUUCCUGGACUGCGGCGGUGGCGCUACGCCCGAGACGAUCGAGACCGCGUUCAAGCUGAUCUUGUCAAACGAGAAGGUGGACGGCAUCUUCGUGAACAUCUUCGGCGGGAUUGUGAGAUGCGACUUUGUGGCGCAGGGCCUGGUGUCCGCGACCAAGAACCUAGCCGUGAGCGUGCCGAUCGUGGCGCGUCUGCAGGGCACGAACCUGGAGGAGGGCCGCCGGAUCAUCGAGGAGUCUGGUCUGAAGAUCUACUCGUUCGACGAGCUGGACCCUGCUGCGCAGAAGGUGGUGGAGCUGACGAGAUGA